AUGGAGGACUGCCUUCACACCUCCUCUGAAAACCUCUCCAAGCUGGUGAGCUGGGCCCACAGCCACGGGACCAUCUGCAGCCUCAUCCCCAACCUCAAGCACCUGCUCUCCGAAGGGGCCCACGGCAACCUGACGGCCAUGUGGGGCUGUAGUGCGGGCCAUGCCUACCACUGGCCCCUGGCUGCCACUUGCCGGGCCGACCAGGAUGAGAGGGCGGCAGAGCUCAGCAGGGAGCAGAACGAGAAGACCAUUCGCAGCACACAGACAGCUCUCCGCAAUUUCCCGUAUUCAACUAAGCUCAACAAGUUUCCCGUCUUUAAUUUUGAUGACGACCUCAAGUACCUGUGUAUCAGUGCUGUGAGCCCCAACACCACCAAGGCCACCCUCUGUGCUCUCAACGUGUGGAGAUACUGGUGCAUGACCAAAGGACUCAGAGAUUACAUGGACAUCACUAAGAUCCCAGCAGUGAAACUCAAUGAACUCCUGGGGGACUUUUACAUCACCGUGAAGAAAACAGACAGGUCUGACUUUCUAGCCACAUCCCUCCACACUAUCUGAUGAGGCCUGGACCGGAUCCUCAAGAAUGCUGGUGCUGGUUUCUCCAUCACCAGCAGCACCUUCAGCUCUUGCACCAGAAAGCUCAAGGAGAAGCUUAAGGCUAGCAAGGCUGGGAUGUCUGGUACCUGCUCGCACAACGUUGUCUACUUCUCCCUUUCUGACGAGGAAGAGAUGUGGCGGACGGGAUGCCUGGGAGAUGACAGCCCCAUAGCCCUGCUGUCCACAGUGGCAAAAUACAACAGGCAGUACCUGAACAUGCGAAUGUUACAGGAGCACAGAGACUUAAUGUUUGGUGACAUUGAAUUGCUCGAUGACUCCCAGAACAGGCCGUAUUUUGCCAGAACAGAUAGCGUGAAGCAAGAAAACAGAGUGAAUGUGAACAGAGCGUGUUACGGCCAGAUCUACCACAGCCACUCAAAAGGGCACAAGCUCUGCCCAUACUGCCUCCUCUACAAGUACGUGUACGUACACCAGCCCCUGACACAGAUGGAGGCCAAGUCUCCCUUCUACCUGACAACCCGGAGGAAGUCGGCGGCAUGGGUACGAGGAGCAGAGGAGGGGCUCCGCUCCCUCAGGGCUGUUGUCCCCAAGCUGGCGAAGAAAGUGAAGCUGGAACACUGCAAAAAUUUUACUUUUGUCUCCUUCACUCAGGCUUCCAGGAAGUUUGUCCCUCUUAGCUCCUGCCAGUAA